AUGGGCAUCGACGGUGCGGCGAUGGCUCUUCUCGAUGGCCUCUGUCAUCAGCGGAUCGACGCCGGUCUCGCGCAGCGUCUGGGCGACCAGGCCCAUUUCUUCCCAGCGGCGAUGGGCAUGCACGACAUGCGUCUGCACCAGCAUGCGCCUCACGAGGCAGAAGUAGGCGCUGAGGCCCAGAGCCAAGGCGAGCGCCGCGUAAAGCGGGACCUGCGCCACGUUGAGGAACAGCCACGGCGCGGUCAGUGGCCCGACGGCCGCGCCGAAGUCGCGCCAGGUCGAAUAGCUCGCCUGGCUGGAGAGUACGGUGCCGUGGCCGCGCUCGAUCACCAGCACCGGGAUCAGCGUGUUGAACAUGCCGCGCGUCGUCACGAUCAUCAGCGCGCCCAGCAGCUCGUGGUCGAGCGCGAUCAGCACGAAGCCCGAGACCAGCAGGGCGGCAUUCGCCAUGGCGAUGCGCCGUGCGCCGAAGCGGUCGCCGAUCCAGCCGCCGAUCGGGCCGGUCGUGACCUCGACCAGCCAGCGCAGCGCCAGCAGCAUCGCCGUCGCCAUCACCGGCGCGACGGAAGUGAUCGAAUCCUUCAUCAGGAAGGCCAGCGUCAGCAGGAAGACGCCGUCGCCGGAGAAGCCCAUCACGAAGCCCCAGACUUCGAGGCGGUGCGGUACCGGCAACUUGAAGCCCUUCUUCGCCGCCGGUUCCGGCGGCAGGCGCGGCAGGACGAUCGCCGCGCCGAGCGCGAUCAGCGUCACCGCGCCGAAGAUCAGGAAGACCGGGCGCGCGCCGAGUUCGAGGACGAUCCAGGCGCCGCCGACCAGCGACAUUGCCUGCACGAGACCGAUCGCGGCGCGGCUGGUGCCGACCCGUUUGCCGGCAUUGGCGCGGUCGCUGACGGCAUAGGCCAGGGUGGCGAGAUUGAGCGAGGCGUAGGAGAUGCCCCACAGGAUGCGCGCAAGGAUCUGCGCCGUUGGAUCCUCGACCAGGCCGUAAAUGGUCGUCGAGACGGCCGAGCCCAGCGCGGCGGCGAUCAUCAGCGC